AUGUCCCGUUUUCCUGAAGCUUUGAAGGACACUGUCUCCAGCGGCUCUUCUCCACCUCGUGGCCGUCAACCAGCUGUUUCUUCUCCUUUCCCAGCUGCUCCUGCUACUCCUACUCGUAGAAGAAACAGCGCCCCAACCUUUAGCCCAUCCUCCCAUGCAAAUAUCCUUCGCGUUUACCCCUUUGACGGUGCCCAGGCUAUUGUCGAGAUUCGAGCCUCUGGGGCCUUUAUAAAUGUUGACUUUUACAACAAUAUCAACGCUUUCGUUCUUCGCGUCGUUGUCCCCACGCGCCAAUUUGAGGAUGCUCCCCCUCUCACGCGAGGAGUUCUAUCAGACCAUCUCGAGCUUGGGAGAUUAACUUUGUUCGUCGCUGAGGACCAAGGACGCGAUGGUUCUGGAUACUUCUCAGUUCGUACUAGACCCGAAAUAGUUGCUUUGGAACGUCAAUUAGCUAGUGUUGAAGUUCCAGAGAUCAUGGUUGCUGGGGUCGCUACUCUCUCCGAUCCAAUCCUUUUGUCUGACACUGGGCUUGACCACGAAGUUGUUUCCUUCAACAGCUUGGAUGGAGUAGGUCAGGCGGCUGUUAGACGUUGGUGCGAAAGGUAUGGGUCUGGGAGACCUAAUCGACGUUCUGACAACAUUGAAAUUCCAGAUACCGCACCGGUUGCGAGGUCUAGGGAGACGACUAGGCUUUUGAGGGAGCUUGGGAUUCCUCGAAGAGGCUCUCGAGGGACUGCUAUCAUCCAAUGGAUUAUUACACGCGAGAUCCGACGAUUCCGCGGCUAUAUCGAGGAGCACUCAUUAUACGAACAAGCUACUAAUCUCCUCCAGCGCUUUCAACAACUCUUCAACGAAGCUGUACUUGAGACAACUACUCACAACAAUAUCCGCGCCAGUUCCAACCAAGAAUCCGUCGGCGGUCGUAUCUGGGUCCGUUUUGAUAUUAACGGGGUUGUCGAGCGUCCAACCCAUACAUAUACCCGUAACCGAGCCCGAAACGGCGCCGCCACCGUCGGAGCCUUCGAUCCACAGCAAGAUGUUCGCAAUCGACUUACCCGUAUCGACUGGCAAAUCGCACAGGAGCUUUUCUUCCGUGCUUUCCCCGCAUUGACUGUUACGACCGUCAAUCGUACUGACUCCGCGGGACGCAUGACUACGGUUACUACUAUCAAUAACGCACAAACGCCUGCUUCUCGAACCGCUGGUCGCCUCGCACAAUUCGGGCUUAGUACUCCACCAAGUCCAACUCCUGAUGCCACUUUGUCACCAACUCAGGUCUCAUUCUUCGCAGAUACUGAUUGUCGCAGUUCUCAAACUCCAUCCGAGUAUGCUGCUUACCGCGCCCAUCAUGCGAGCGCUCGUCGUCAAUGGCCAGAGGCUAUUCGUGCUUCUUGUCACGAUGAACGUGAGGCUUCACCUGGUCUUAGCCACUACGAAGAUCAAAACCGCCCUCGUGACGAAUGGCAUGUCAUUGGUGGGAAUAGCGGAGCCGCUAUUCUUUCUGGUCACCCUGGUGGAAUUGAUGGAAGCUAUCUACAAAGCCUUGGGUUUCCUAUAACAAGAGGAGGGGAAUUGAAGCGUAGACUUACAGCUGCGAGCUAUAGAAGCCCUUCGCAAAGAGAAAACGAAGCGAAGAGGAUAAGAAGAUUCCUAACGCCAGAGCCUUACAACAGAGCUAGAAGAGCUUUGGGAGAGAUCCGAUUGAUCGGGGCGGAAGAAGAGCAAGAGGAGGAAGUAUUGGAGUUUAGUGAGGAUGAAGAGGAUGAAGAAGAUGAAGAGGAGGAAGGUGAGAAUGAAAUGGAUUGGGAUCACUUGAACGAAGGAGAGGAUAUAUAG